UCCCAUGAUUCUGCCUCAGCUCAGGAAUGGGCAGCCUCCGGCUGGGAUUUUCUGGACCGAGCUGGGAGGCGUGGUCUGCGCGAAAUCGCCAGAGCGGGGAGCUUGGGUCCCGGCUGCAGGGUCGCCCCGGGGGUCCGCCAGGGGCGUGCAGUCUCCUCCCCACCCGAAGGCCUCCGCGAGCCGGCGGCGCAGGAGGAAGCCGGCUGUCUAAGGUUUGCGGGCAGAGCUGCAGCGGCGGCGGCCAGAGUCAGCGGGGACCCGGAUCCCCUCGGGCUGCCGCUCCUGCCUGCUCCUCCCCCUUCCUGGGCUCCAGAGGCUGAGCACAAGGGAGGCAGUCCAGCUGUUUCCACACCGGGAUCAUGACCCAUUAGUGGAUUAGGAAAGCAGUUUGGUAGCUCACCACCUGCAUUUAAAAAAUCAAAAGAGAGUAGAAAUGAUCUGAGCAGCUCGCAAGUGGUAGGGGGCUUUCUCACCACCGAGGCCUAGCCUUUGACACAGCUUGAACCACAUCCUGGAAACGAGAUGGCAGUAGAGAGACUGGCCCGUUCCUGAGCCCAUGAGGGGUGAGGAGGCCCCUUCAGGCCCAAAGAUGGGGAACAUCACAGCGGACAACGCCUCGCUGCACUGCGCCAUCGACCACACCAUCCACCAGACCCUGGCCCCGGUGGUCUACGUCACCGUGCUGGUGGUGGGCUUCCCGGCCAACUGCCUGUCCCUCUACUUCGGCUACCUGCAGGUCAAGGCCCGGAACGAGCUGGGCGUGUACCUGUGCAACCUGACGGUGGCCGACCUCUUCUACAUCUGCUCGCUCCCCUUCUGGCUGCAGUACGUGCUGCAGCACGACCACUGGUCCCACGGCGACCUGUCCUGCCAGGUGUGCGGCAUCCUCCUCUACGAGAACAUCUACAUCAGCGUGGGCUUCCUCUGCUGCAUCUCCAUCGACCGCUACCUGGCCGUGGCCCACCCCUUCCGCUUCCACCAGUUCCGCACCCUGAAGGCCGCCGUGGGCGUCAGCGUGGUCAUCUGGGCCAAGGAGCUGCUGACCAGCAUCUACUUCCUCAUGCACAAGGAGGUGGUGGAGGACAGCGACCAGCACCGCGUCUGCUUCGAGCACUACCCGCUCGAGCCGCGGCAGCGCGGCAUCAACUACUACCGCUUCCUGGUGGGCUUCCUCUUCCCCAUCUGCCUGCUGCUGGCCUCCUACCGCGGCAUCCUGCGGGCCGUGCGCCGCAGCCACGGCACCCAGAAGAGCCGCAAGGACCAGAUCCAGCGGCUGGUGCUCAGCACCGUGGUCAUCUUCCUGGCCUGCUUCCUGCCCUACCACGCGCUGCUGCUCGUGCGCAGCCUCUGGGAGUCCAGCUGCGACUUCGCCAAGGGCAUCUUCAACGCCUACCACUUCUCCCUCCUCCUCACCAGUUUCAACUGCGUGGCCGACCCCGUGCUCUAUUGCUUCGUCAGCGAGACCACGCACAGGGACCUGGCCCGCCUCCGGGGGGCCUGCCGGGCCUUCCUCGCCUGCUCCAGGACCGGCCGGGCCAGGGAGGCCUACCCGCUGGGUACCCCCGAGGCCUCCAGAAAGAGCGAGGACCCCGAGCUGCUGGCGAAGCUCCACCCGGCCUUCCAGGCCCCUCACCCGCUGGGAGCGGGAGGGUCCCCGGCGGGGGCACUGAACUAGCCGGGUCCCCCACGUGCGGGGCGAGUGGAGACCGGGGCUUGCUCGACGGCUGCCCCCGCCUGGCCACGGGAGGGCGCUUCUUGCUGCCCCUGGAGCGGGGAGGGGACGAUGGGCCUGGGCCGCAGAUGACCCUUCUGGUUCCAGGGAGCCUGCUGUGGCUGCCUGGUCCGACGGGGCUGCCGAGUGUGUCGUCUGCUGUUGGCUGGGCUGCUGGUGGGAGGACGACCAGGUCACCUCCUGGUCACCUCCAGGAGGUGUCCAAAGAGAAGCUGGGGUGGGGAGCACAGAGUGUGAGGACAUGGAGAAAGGGGCCUGGGAGGGGAGGGUGGGGACCGCCUGCCAGGACCUUCCAGUGCUGUGGUCACAGAUGACACCUGUCCCAGUGCACUCGUGCUGUCUGAGGAGGUGACACACGAAGGUGACUUGUCAUCUUUAGCAUUUGAGCCCCACACCACAAAGGGGCGGGAAAGAAGGCGGAUGGAGCCAGGAGGUUGGAUGGGGAGCAGGACAGUGGGGAGGCGUUUGGGGCCCUGGGAGUGUGUUGGCGGGGGGACAGUGGGGAAGCGAUUGGCAGAGGAGAGACCCCAGAUCCAGCCAAGUCACAGUUUCACAGGGAGAGUUGAGCGGAUUCCUCCAUCUGGGGAAGGUGGAAAAUAAAUUUUCCAGGGCUGAUGGGAAAUAAAUCUUAGGGCUCCCGGGGGCUCCGUGGGGGUGAUGUCUCUGAUCUUUUAAGUGUCAGGACAGAGGCCUAAAGCAGGGUGUCCAACUGAGUUCCCUACACACAUUCCUCCUCAUUUAUUUUCUAUUUCUACCUGCCUAGAAGGACCAGACCUGGAAGCCUGGGACUCUGUGUGUGUGUGUGUCCAUGGUUAAAAUGCCGGCGCCUCUGAGACAGCUAUGCAUCAAGACACUGAAGCUAGAGUCGCGGGACUGUGGGCAGUGUCCCCGCCAUACACAGCGUGGAUGCCAGGCCGUCUCGGAGAUGAUUGUUCUCCCUAAGUUC